AUGCCCGGCUGGAGAGACGAAUACGCUUCUUCCCUGAGGGAUGUCGAGCUCCAAAGGCCUGUCAACAUGGAGCUCGUCGACGCAUGCUCGCAGAUGGCCGAUCGGAUAUCCGGCCUCGAAGCGGAAAAGUUGGCGCUCGAAUCCCACAUCUCGUCGGGAGGCACGGUCAAGAGGCAAGGGCCGACGGUGGGCGAGGCAACGUCCAACGAUGCCGUCAUCGCGCAGCUCCGCGUCGACCUCGCCGAGUCCCUCCGAGCCAAGGGCGUGGCGGAGACGAGACUUCGGACGGCCGACGACGAGCUCGGCAGGCUGCGAGCUCGAACGAAGGAGGAUGCGCGGGAGAUGCGGCGGCUGACGUCGGAUCGGCUGACGCUCUCGACGAGAGUCAAGGAUCGGGAACACGAGCUGCGGGAGAAGCGGAAGCUGCUCGAGCAAGUCCAGGAUGAGAUGAUCACGUUGAACCUGCAAGUCUCGGUGGCCGAAAAGGAAAGGGACACGGUCAGGAUGGAGAACAAGGAACUCGUCGACAGGUGGAUGCGGCGGAUGGCGCAAGAGGCCGACGCCAUGAACCUCGCCAACGAGCCGGCGGGGUUUUGA